AUUCACAAACACUGCUCUCACACAUCAAACCAUCUCAGCUCAGCUCAAUUCAAUUCAAUUCACAGUUUCUUUUUAACCCAGAAAAAGAAAAAAAUGGCAGGUAAGGUGGUGAAGAAGGAAGAGUCUCUGAACCUGAAAGUCACCAACAAGAGUUAUGUGCAACCUGAGGAGAAGAUUGGGAGAAAAGAGUACCAGUUGGUGACUUUUGAUCUUCCAUACUUGGCCUUCUACUACAACCAGAAGCUACUGUUCUACAAAGGGGAAGACUUUGAUGGCAUGGUUCAGAAGCUGAAGCUUGGACUUGGUGUGGUUCUCAAGGAGUUUCACCAACUGGCUGGAAAGUUAGGGAAAGAUGAAGAGGGUGUGUUCAGGGUUGAGUAUGAUGAUGACAUGCUUGGUGUGGAGGUUGUUGAAGCUGUUGCUGAUGACAUUGCUGUGGAUCAACUUACUGUGGCUGAAAGUUCCACCAAUCUCAAGGACCUCAUACCUUACACUGCUGUCUUGAACUUGGAAGGCAUGCAUAGACCCUUGCUCGCAGUUCAGUUAACGAAGCUGAAAGAUGGGCUUGCGAUGGGCCUGGCAUUCAACCACGCUGUAUUGGAUGGGACUGCCACGUGGCAAUUCAUGACAUCGUGGGCCGAGAUUUGCAGCGGGUCACCCUCCACGUCAGCACCACCGUUCCUGGACCGGACCAAGGCCCGGAACACGAGAGUGAAGCUGAACCUCUCCCUGCCCGAGCCCAACGGCCAACCAACUUCCAACGGUGAUGCAAAGCCCACUCCAACUCUUAGGGAAAGGAUAUUCAAAUUCUCGGAGUCAAAGAUCGACAAGAUCAAGUCAACGAUCAACGAGAACCCUCCAUCGGACGGCUCAAAACCGUUCUCAACAUUUCAAGCUCUUUCCUCCCAUAUCUGGCGCCAUGUAAGCCAUGCACGUAACCUGAAGCCAGAGGACUACACCGUGUUCACCGUCUUCGCCGACUGCCGGAAGCGGGUCGACCCACCGAUGCCGGAGAAUUACUUCGGAAACCUAAUUCAGGCUAUAUUCACCGUUACGGCGGCUGGGCUUUUAGCGGCUCAUCCGCCGCAAUUCGGUGCUUCAUUGGUCCAGAAGGCCAUUGAAGACCACAAUGCGAAGGCUAUCGAUGCACGUAACAAAGAGUGGGAGAGUGCACCGAAAAUUUUCCAAUUCAAAGAUGCUGGGGUGAAUUGCGUGGCUGUUGGAAGCUCACCUAGGUUUAAGGUUUACGACAUUGAUUUUGGGUGGGGUAAGGCUGAGAAUGUGAGAAGUGGAACUAAUAACAAGUUUGAUGGGAUGAUUUACUUGUAUCCAGGGAAGAAUGGAGGAAGGAGCAUUGAUGUGGAACUAACCUUGGAGCCUGAGGCUAUGGCGAGGUUGGAGAAAGAUAAGGAUUUUCUUUUGGAAGCAUGAUGAAAUUGAAAGAGAAAGUGGCUAGAAUGAGCAACUAUUGAAGUAGUUCUUCUACUCAGAUUAUUGAAGGGGCGACUUAAAUGUCCAAUUAUGCAAUCUGAUGUGAUUCAUGAAUGCUGUUUAAUUUAAGGUUGUUGUUGUACUAGGUUUUAUGUAUUUUUAGUUUGUGGCUUUAUGCUCUUCAUUUAUUUUCAACCUACUGAUGUUUCUUUUCAACUAUGUAUGUUGUGUAGUCAAAUGACAAGUGAAAGGAAUAAUUGUGGGAGUUUUAAUUUUAGCAAUAUAAAAGUUGUUUUACA